AUUGUCGUCAUUGAUAUAGAUGUGUAUGUGAAGUUGCCUACAACAUCACAUUUCCAACCUCAUUUAGUUGUCAAACCAUAUGUAAUGUCUUUAAUCAGUUAAAAAUCAACAUUUUCAAAUUACAUCAUUUCACCACCAAAAAUCAACCAAAUUACAGCAAUAGGUCAAUAGAAUUAUGCAGAAAAUCUACAAAUGCAUAAGCUACCACAGAGGUAAAAUCAUUCAGCUGCAAUGCUGUUUUCAUCACAAACAACAUUCGCUUACAAAGCAAAUCAUCCUUGGAAGUUACAACAACUACCAGCAGCAUAAAAAUGAACACAAAAGUUUCUUUGACUGGCUGAAAAGUUUCAAGCAGAAGUUUUAUUCAGUUGCAUUUUUCACUGGUGCUGUGUCAUUGUCAGCACUUACAAUAAAUUGUGAUGCAUUGAUCAACAACACCAAUCAUUUCGAGAAGAGAUUCUUUAGGUCAGUUCAAUAUGGAAUUGAACAAGAAGUAAAAAGAAUGUUAGUCUCAAAUCAAAUAGAUGUAAAUGCAAGGCACACACUUGGAUGGACAGCAUUAAUGGUGGCAGCUGUGAAUGGUAGGACUGAUAUUUGUAAAUUAUUGUUAGCCAAAGGAGCUGAUCCAAAUUUAGGUGAUAUGUACAAAAGUCCACAGAAGGUAGCACAUGAGUUAGGACUUCAUGUACUAGAAGUUUUGCUUAUGAGAGAUGAAGAGUUCUGUAAUAAAUUAAACAACAAAGCAACUUUUCUUGGUUUCACACCUUUGCAUUAUGCUGUGCUUGCUGAUAAUUAUGAAACAGUGAGGAUUUUGCUUGAAGCAGGCGCAAAUCCUUUGCAGGAGAAUGAUUCUGGUCACAGAGCUAUUGAUUAUGCAAAAGAUGGACCUAUCAAGAAGGUUUUACAGGACUAUACAGCAAAGUUUGAUGCAAAAAAACAAAAAGAACUUGAGGAACGACGAAGAUUUCCGCUUGAACAGAGAAUCAAACAGUUUAUUGUUGGACAGGAAGGUGCAAUCACAACAGUGGCUGCUUGUGUAAGAAGAAAAGAAAAUGGAUGGGCAGAUGAUGAUCAUCCGCUUGUAUUUCUAUUCUUGGGUUCUUCUGGCAUUGGUAAAACAGAACUAGCCAAACAACUCGCAUCAUAUAUUCACAAAGAUAAUCCAAAGUCAUUUAUACGUCUCGAUAUGUCUGAAUACCAAGAAAAACACGAAGUAGCCAAGUUAAUUGGAGCGCCACCUGGGUACAUUGGUCAUGAGGAAGGUGGGCAGUUAACAAAAAAGCUGAAGAAAUGCCCGGAUGCUGUGGUUUUGUUUGAUGAAGUAGACAAAGCGCAUCCUGAUGUUUUAACGGUUUUGCUGCAGUUAUUCGACGAAGGACGCUUAACUGACGGACAGGGUAAAACAAUCGAAUGCAAGAAUGCUAUUUUUAUUAUGACUUCUAACUUGGCAAGUAAUGAAAUUGCUCAGCAUGGUUUGGAAAUUCGCAAGGAAGUGGAAAUUAUAAAGAAAGAACGUUUACAAAAGAAAGAAACCGCGGCUGAGUGUAUAACAAUCUCAAGAAAGUUCAAAGACAAUGUGGUGAAACCAAUUCUACAGCGACAUUUUAAACGCGAUGAAUUGGGUCGAAUUAACGAAAUUGUUUACUUUUUGCCAUUCUCCCGUAGCGAAUUAUACGAAUUAGUCGAUAGAGAGCUGCAACUGUGGGCAAAACGAGCGCAGGACAAGCAUAAGAUUAUCCUGAAAUGGGACGGAAGCGUUAAGUCUGCUUUAGCAGACGGUUAUGACGUAAAUUACGGGGCAAGAUCUAUUAAAUAUGAAGUGGAGCGCAGAGUCGUUAAUCAAUUGGCGUUAGCGCAUGAAAAUGGAGUUAUUGACUGUGAUUGCACCGUUAAGGUGUCCGCGAUUACUUUGGAGAAUAAUCCUGAGACACCAAGGAUUAAAAUCAGCGUGCAGAGGAAAGGAGUGAAGGAUUUUGUUGAUUUGGAUGCAGGAGAGAGUCCUAUUAAGAGAACUGGAGGAAUAUUUGGCCGGUAAAAUAAGAGUGAUUACGGUUGCAUAACUUUCGAUGAUGCUAACCUCAAAAACUAGUAAAAAUUAACGAACAAAAGAGAAUAAAGCAAUUUUGAAUACGAA